AUGGCUAACGUGGAUGCGGCGCUUUUGGAGCUUGCCGUUGCAUGCAGAGUUCCGCAGGAGUUCCACUUCGUGCUGGAUGGUUAUGACGUGCCGCUGUUUGGUUGCCUAGCAGCCUCACACUCGGAAGUGGAUGCCUCAAUCGAGGUACUGCUGGAGGGGGCCGCCUUGCCUGCGGAAUCCACCGAGAAACUACGUCUUAUGUCAUCCUUCCGCCUGCUGUUUCAGAAGUGUCAGUCUGUGACAGCAACUGGUUCGAAUGCGGGGAGUGCGGCCCACGCAAGCAUGACAUCCAAUGCAGCUUCAUGGGUAGACUCUUUCCCGGCAAAAUUGACAGGUGAGGAGGUGGUGAAGCUCCGCCUUGAGUUCGAGGCUUCGUACCCAGGAGAGGUCUUGGAUGCGGAUAACACCCCAGGUCACCGGCUCUUAGCGUUGGCCGCAAAGCUUGUUAAACCAGGUGAGAUGCGGUGGGUGGCUUGGAAACAUCGGAUGAGCAAAUCCCAAGAGGAGGCCUUCGCUCUGCGCAGGCCGGCAAAAAUCCCGAGGUUGGAAGAGCUGGUGUACGACGAGAUACCUUCAAGAGAGCUACCUCAAGGCCAAGUCGGCAUGACCUUCCUGCAGGGCAUCUUGGGUCUUUUGUGCAUAUCACUCGCCUUCGUUAAGGCUAAGGGGGCUCACCUUCAGAGCUUGCGGCUUUACGAGCGCAAGUUCAUCCGCUUGGCCUGCCAACGGCAUGAGGCAUCUUCAGGGCUCCGAAGCCCGAAUAUGGAGGAGCUUCAGGCGGCAGACAAGCACAUUUGGGGCUUGAUUGCAGAUUUGGUCAAUGUCCACAAGUGGAGCCUGAAUGAUGCACUGACGGAGGUAGUGCAAGUUCGCGGUGACUUGGCGGCCAUGUUGCAGCCUCGCAGCCAAAUCUUGAAGAUCAACAGGCAGCCUUUCAAAGGCAAUGGCAAGGGGAAAGACUCCCCUGGUGGUAGGAACGGCAAGGGCAACAAGGGCAAUGGUACCAACAGUCAACGCUGGAUGCUUUCUUACACGGACUCCAAGGGUCAACGCAAACAAUUGUCACAGUCGGUGGCGGAACACUCCGAUGUGCGGACUGGUCGAUCCAGCGAACUUCCGUCGCCGACUUCAGCGGAUUUUUCUUGGGAAGCUUGCUUGGCUAUCCUGCAGAAUCACUGUUUGGGUGAUGCUCCUCUGUACCGAGAUACAGUUCUUGCAGGGGCGCGAUCUCGAGCACAAUAUUUCAAUUUUGGGGCGAGAGCGGGCUCCAAUGCGGGGCUUUGCAAAGGCACAGCAGAAAACGCAGAAUUCGUUGAGUACCUGAACAUUUUCCUUCGGCAGAUUUUUCCAGACGGCACAUGGUCCAGCUUCUGUGUCAGUCACAAUGAGUUCGCUCACAUCCACGUGGAUAAGAACCUUCCGGGAUCUUUGAAUUAUUCAUUCAGUGUUGGGGCUUUCGAGAAAGGCGGUUUGUGGGUGGCUUUGCCGCCAGACGAACUUCCUCACCUUCCACGAGUGUCUCCGCCGGACACAUCAGCUGAUGCCUCGCUGUUGGGUUGCAUAGUUCAGACCAGGAGGUGUGGUUUUUCUUGGGACGGCCGCAUUGCUCAUUGUUCGGAGCCAUGGGUUGGUGACAGAUGGGUCGUGACGGCCUAUACUUCUUGCACUUGGGGUUCAAUGACGGACCCGGAUCUUCGUUCUUUACGUGAUCUUAUGUUUCCGCUACCAGGCGACGCCGUGGUGAUCGACGAGGCGGAGUGUGAGUCUCGGGCUGCCAAAAUUGAUCAGGCACAGCUGGGGCUACCAGUUGCAAUCAUGCCUCCCGACCUUGAUGCAAUUCGAGGAAAUCUUUUUCUGGAGAUCUGUUCUGGGCCAAAUCGGCCUCUGUCUGCUGCCCUCCUGGCGAAAGGUGUUUCAGUGCUCUCGAUCGACAUUCUUUUGCAUGAAGAUCACAACUUGUUGAAUGACUCCACUUAUGACAGCCUCAUGCGGCUAUGCUACAGCGGACAGGUGAAUCUGGCACACGCCUCUCCACCUUGCACGGAGUACUCCAGGCUCAAGCUCCGGGCAGAUGGUGGCCCCAGGGCGCUUCGCACUCCAGAACACAUGUCUGGCGUUCCUGAUUUGAGUCCGUCAGAGCGGCAACGUCUGGAGCAAAGUAAAAAAGUGCUGGUUCGUACAAUCAAUUUGCUGCUGGCAACAUACUGCGCUGGAGGGCAUGUUAGUCUGGAAAACCCUUUGAACAGCAUGGCAUGGUUGGAGCAGGAAGUCCGGGAAUUUCUGCAACACAUCAACGCGGACCUGAACUGUGUGGCUGCUUGUGGCUAUGGUAUGGAUGUACUGAAGCAGUGGUGUUUCGCAUGCAGUUUUCGGGACCUCCAGCAGAUUGCAUGUGGUUGUCAACACGAUCCUCAGUCGCAUGCACAGGUGGCAGGGAUUGUUGACAAAGACGGCGUUUACGCUUCCAGAGCCACUUCGGAGUUUCCGGCACAGCUCGCGCAGGCCUAUGCAGAAGCUGUACACCAUUUCUCUUGA